GAGGUUUCCCAGCAUAACGUUAAUCUAAUUUGGCACCCCUUCCUUGGAACGAGCAACCUAUAAGAUUAGGGGCAGAUCCCGAUUCAACAAUAGUACAGUGAAAGUCAUCAUGGAGUUACAAACAAUUUACUUGGCCGUGACAGUGGCUCUAGCUGCCAUCAGCACAACCCAAGCGGCUUGUCCACCCUCUCCCUCGACUACGGCUGUGAUAACUGGACUCUUUCCCAUCCAUUCAGACAGCGGCUGUUCAAUCGCCAACAUCCGAGCCCUCCAGCAAAUAGCCGCCUUGAAGGCAACUGUCAACUCUAUCAACUCUGAGAACAACGGAUUGACUAUCAAUUUGAAGGUGCAUGACACAUGUUCCUCUCCAGAUGAGGCAGUGAAAGCAGCUUUGAAAGCUCUUGUUGAUCCAGAGCAAAUGUGCCAGAAUCCUCCGUUUUUCAUGGGAUUCAUUGGGCCCGAGAAUGUGCAUGUGCUGAAUGCCGUGCAUGAGGUUACACAUGUCUUCAACACAACGCACAUUGUGCCGUUCACUUUUAAUGCCGCAAACCUAUUCAGUGACAAUUCAGUUUUCCAAGUCGCUACAAGAAAAUCAGAGGAGCAAGCACAGUCUAUAAUCACAGUCCUCCAACAAGUGCAAUGGAAAAGUUUCUCAUUGGCAAUCGACGACUCUCACGAGAGCAACCUGCUAGCCACUGCUCUACUGCCUCUCGUCAAACAAGAUGCAUCCACUUGCAUCAAGGGAAAGAUCGCUCAACUCACAGAUGAUGAUAGCAUCAAGCUGGCUUUGGCAGGAAACUCCGGAUAUGGAAUCGUCGUUCUAGUCGACUCAGCAGAAAAAGCAGAGAGAGUUCUGAAUGCAAACAAGGAUACUAACGCGCCGAUGAUUCUGGUGGUGACAGAAAUUGGACUGAGAGCCUGGCAGAUUCCAAAAUCAGGAUCUACACUAGUUAUUCUUCAAGAAGUAAGCGCUGAUACGAUAGUCGGUCUGGAGGACUCAUUGAAUUCUACUCUGUACAGCCAAUACAUGACAAGUCAAGAGCAAUUAUGCAAGAGUUCUGGGAGCCCAAAUGAAUGCACAACCAGUCAGGAUGUUCUCCAAGGCAGCCUGGACUCUUCGCUGCAGCCACUGAGCUACUCGGUUCGGCUGAUGACGGCCGCCCUACAGUCGGCACUGAAGGUCAAGUGCGCGGCCUCCAAGGUCAUGUGCUCACAGCUGAUCGGCAUGCCUGUCGCCGAGUGGCGCCGCCACCUCAGCGAGGCCACCACCUUCGUCAAGCAGGGCAGCAAGCCGCGACUGCCCACCAUACUCAGGUUUCAGAUGGAAUUGACCACCGCCUUCGAGGUCUACUCAAAAAGCCAACAGUCGUCCACAUUGGAAAAGAUCGGCCUGAUAACGAGUGGAAAGAAGCUGACGACAUUGAACGGCAAAUCGCUGCCGGCCGCAGCUGAGCCCGUGCUUCGCGACACCAAGUGCAGCGGCGAAGUGGCGCAGGCCAUCCCGACCGAGUGGCUGUCGCAGCCGCGUCCGACACCAGCGGUCGUGUUGCAGCCGGUCGACAACCAACACGAGAUCGAGACCGAACUGUUCGACAUUGUGCUGCUCCUCUGCGGCGCCGGCCUCGGCAUCCUCAUCUUCUUCAUCCUCAUGACCUACGUCGUCUACUCCAGCUUCAUCGUCAAGGACGACGACAAGAGCCAGGGCGGUGGAUCGUUCAAGGCCACCAAGCCCAUAUCCCGCAUUGCGAAAUGGCGCCGCGGAUCCGGCCAGAGUUCUCGCGCCUCCAUCAGAACAAUCAACUGAAUCGAGUAAACAAUCAACUCGAAUCCACAACAAUCUACUGACUCGACUACUCAAUACUUGAUAUUGCAACGACCAACUGUAACCAUCAAACUUAAAUUGACAGUUACAGUGUUGAAUAUCCAUACUUUUUCACUAUUAAUUUCAAACUUAGGUUUUAAACACUUAUGGAGUGACUAUUUCGGGACCGGAAGUUACUUGAUGGAAUGUUUAAAAAAGUUACGAUUGUAAUAUUAAAUAAGAAAAAAAACUUAUACUAAACUUUAAUCGAUGCAACUAAAACUAAGAAGUUUCAUGGUAUGACAGUUAUUCAAGAAAAUUAUGAAGAGACCGCUGUCAAGACCUUCAAGGCCAUUCAUAAGAAACCUAUAGAGAAUAAUAUUCAAAUUGCAUAAUUGAUCAAGUAUUCAACUCAUACAAAUUUUCACUUAUUGAGAAGUACAGAUUAAUAUAGGCUACUAUACAAUGAGAAAUUCAUUCAAAUGAUGUGUGAAUAAAAAUCUAGUAAAUAUCGAAUGUAAAUAAUCAAGAGUUCUAUUGUAAAUACAGCUACAUUACAGCUAGUAAUUACAACUGUUCCUUCUAUUCAAAUGAAUAAUAAUAGCCUAUUAUAGAAGGUGAAAACCCUUAAAGAAAAUAAUUUUUUAUUUUAUAUUUUUCUAUAUGGAGAUAAUUGUGUAAGCUAUGUAUUAUACAUUAGUAAGAUGUGUAAGAAAUUGUGUGUAUCUCUCGAAUGUAUUUUUGGAUAUUAUAUGUAUAAAUGUGA